ACCCUCUUACUCCAGGAUUUCCCAUUGCCAACCCCAGGGAAGGCUGCAAGGAAGAGGAAGAUGCCCCGGGACCCUGAGGCAGAGCAGGAGCUGAGCAUGGAGAGCAGGGAGGACAAAUGCCCGCGGCACAACCUGGUGGCAGAGGCCGUUUUGAGCGGCUCCAUGGCGCAGGAAGCCAACAGGGAGGAAAAGCCCCGGAGAUGCCGCACGAGGAGGGGCUGCAAGCGCAGCUGGACGGGAUAUGAGGGGGAAAGAGCCAGCCUGGGCCAGGAAGGUGGCCAGAGAUGGAGCCAGAGCUCAGAGCUGGUGCUGCAUGAGCAGCUCCAUGAUGGGGAGAAGCCCCACACGUGCUUGGAGUGUGGGAAGGGCUUCAGCUGGAGCUCCAGCCUGAUCCUGCACCAGAAGACCCACUCUGGUGAACGGCCCUAUGAGUGUGGAGAGUGUGGGAUGAGCUUCAGACGGCGCUCUCACCUGAUCAGGCACCAGGUGAUGCACACCGGGGAGAAGCCCUACGAGUGUGGGCAAUGUGGGAAGAGCUUCAGCAGGAGCUCCGGCCUCAUCGAGCACCAGAGGACCCACACUGGAGAGAGGCCGUACGAAUGUGCGGAGUGUGGAAGGAGGUUCAGCCACUCUUCUGCCCUGAUUGUGCACCUAAAGAUCCACACUGGAGAGAGGCCCUACGAGUGUUCCAAGUGUGGGAAGAGGUUUAAGACCAGCUCCUAUCUCCUCCUGCACUAUUGGAUUCACACGGACGAGAGGCCCUUCCAAUGCCCUGAGUGCGGGAAGGGAUUCAGGGACAACUCCACCCUGACGCAGCAUCAACGCAUCCACACCGUGGAGAGACCCCAUGAGUGUGAGGAGUGUGGUAAGAGCUUCAGAAGGAGCUCCCACCUGAUCAGCCACCAGAUGAUCCACAAUGGGGAGAGGCCCUACGAGUGUUCCGAGUGUGGGAAGAGCUUCAGCCGCAGCUCCAGCCUGAUCCAGCAUCGGAACAUCCACACUGGGGAGAGACCCUACAAGUGUGGGCAGUGCGGGAAGAGCUUCAGCCAGCAUUCCACCCUGGUCAGGCACCACAUGAUUCACACUGGGGAGAGGCCUUACAAGUGUUCCGAGUGUGGGAAGGGCUUUACGAGCAGCUCCCAUCUAUUCCUGCACUAUCGGAUUCACACAGAGGAGAGGCCCUUCCGCUGCCCCGACUGUGGAAAGGGAUUCAUGCAGAACUCCGACCUCAUCAUCCAUCAGCGCAUCCACACUGGGGAGAGGCCCUAUGAGUGUCCCCAGUGUGGGAAGAGCUUCUCCAGCAGCUCUCACUUGACCCGACACCAACGGAGGCACCGGUAAGGGAAGCCCUGGGAGUGCCCCGAGUGUGGGAAGAGCU